GAAGUAAGCUCCGGGCUGCGCUCGCGUGUCCAGCCCGCCAUGUCGGCCGACCNGGAACCUGUGGCGUUCCUUGCCAAGCAGCCCUGGCGUCCCAAACAGGUGACAGAAGAUCCGGACGAGGAAGACGAGGAGGAUGGCGAGGAGGGCAAGAAUGGCUUCUCCCUGGAGGAGGUGUUACGCCUCGGAGGCACGAAGCAAGAUUACCUUAUGCUGGCUACUUUGGAUGAAAAUGAGGAAGUGGUGGAUGGGGGCAAAAAGGGAACCAUUGACGACCUUCAACAAGGUGAACUGGAGUCAUUUAUUCAGAAUCUGAAUUUGGCCAAAUACUCAAAGUCUUUGAUUGAAGAGGAUGAACCAGAGAAAAAGGAAAACGCCAGCAAAAAAGAAGCAAAACUACUGAAGGUGGANAAUAAAAAACAAAAAGCAACAGAAGGAAAAAAGACAUCGGAAAAGAAGUUGAAAAAUAAGACUGUACCAGAGCAGCGUCCUGAGAGCAGUCCCGUCUCCAAAGCAAAGAAAGAUAAACAACCCGAUGUGUUUGAAUUUCUAGAGAGACAAACACUGUUACUCAGGCCUGGAGGCAAGUGGUACGACAUGGAGUACAGCGGUGAGUAUUCCUUGGAGCCGCAGCCUCCAGAUGUCGUGUCCAAGUACAAAGCCCUGGCCCAGAAGCUAUAUGAACAGGAAGUCAGCUUAUUCAAGAGUAAGACAAAUAAUCAAAAGGGAGGCUCUUCCACCUGGAUGAAGGCCAUCGUGUCAUCAGGGACACUAGCUGACAGGAUGGCGGCCAUGAUCCUUCUGAUCCAGGAUGAUGCGGUCCACACUCUGCAGUUUGUAGAAACCCUGAUGAGCCUUGUGAAAAAGAAAGGCAGCAAGCAGCAGUGCCUGAUGGCGUUGGACACGUUCAAGGAGUUGCUCAUCACAGACCUUCUGCCAGACAGUCGGAAGCUCCGGGUUUUCAGCCAGCAUCCUUUCCACAAACUGGAAGAGUUGUCCAGUGGCAACAAGGACUCGAGAGAUAGAAGACUGAUACUGUGGUAUUAUGAACACCAAUUGAAACACUUGGUAGCAGAAUUCGUUCAGGUCCUCGAGACUUUAAGUCAUGAUUCCUUGGUAACCACUAAAACGCGGGCCCUGGUAGCUGCCCAUGAGCUGCUCUGUGAUAAACCCGAGGAAGAAAAGGCUCUUCUUGUGCAGGUGAUAAAUAAGCUGGGAGAUCCUCAGAACAGAAUUGCCACGAAAGCCUCCCAUCUGUUAGAAGUGUUACUCCGGAAGCAUCCCAAUAUGAAAGGAGUUGUGUGUGGAGAAAUAGAAAGGCUACUCUUUCGCUCAAAUAUCAGCCCCAAAGCUCAGUAUUAUGCAAUUUGCUUUCUAAACCAAAUGGUCCUCUCCCAUGAAGAAAGUGAGUUGGCUAACAAAUUAAUUACUCUUUAUUUUUGUUUCUUUCGGACUUGUAUCAAGAAAAAAGACAUUGAAUCAAAAAUGCUCAGUGCGAUUUUAACAGGGGUGAACAGAGCAUACCCUUACUCCCAGAUAGGUGACGACAAAGUGAGGGAGCAGGUGGACACUUUAUUCAAAGUGUUGCAUGUUGUAAAUUUUAAUACUAGUGUGCAGGCUUUAAUGCUACUUUUCCAAGUAAUGAAUUCUCAACAGACAAUAUCUGACCGAUAUUACACAGCUUUAUACAGAAAGAUGUUGGAUCCAGGCCUGAUGACAUGUUCCAAGCAAGCGAUGUUUCUCAACCUGAUCUACAAAUCUUUGAAAGCUGACAUCAUGCUGCGCCGGGUGAAGGCGUUUGUGAAGAGGUUGCUUCAGGUCACCUGCACACAGAUGCCGCCAUUCAUCUGUGGAGCGUUGUAUCUUGUGUCUGAGAUCCUUAAAGCAAAACCAGAUUUAAGAAGCCAACUAGAUGAUCAUCCGGAAUCUGAUGAAGAAAACUUCGUUGACGUGGGAGAUGACAGUGACGAUGAAAAGUUUACCGAUGCAGACAAAGAAACAGCAACAGAUGCAGUAAAGGAAGUGGAGUCGACGGAGACAGAGCCUGAGAGCAGCGCAGAGACCGAGAAGCCGAAGGCCGCUUCCUGGGUGCACUUCGACAACUUGAAAGGUGGCAAGCACAUGAAGACAUACGAUCCAUUCAGUAGAAAUCCUUUAUUCUGCGGAGCUGAAAAUACAAGUCUUUGGGAGCUCAAAAAGCUAUCUGAACAUUUCCAUCCUUCUGUGGCCCUUUUUGCAAAGACUAUCCUUGAGGGAAAUUGUAUUCAGUACUCGGGGGACCCACUGCAGGAUUUCACACUCAUGAGAUUCUUGGAUCGAUUUGUGUACCGAAAUCCAAAGCUACAUAAAGGCAAAGAAAAUACCGACAGUGUUGUGAUGCAACCCAAAAGGAAGCACUUCAUGAAGAAUGUCCGAGAUCUUGCUGGUAAGCACAGAGCCAGGGCAGGUGACACCAAAGGAUAUUACUUUAGGUAUUACAAAAAAGUUGCUGUUGUUAAAGACAAACAGAAACGCAAUGCAGAUGAAGAAAGUAUAGAAGAUAUUGAUGAUGAAGAAUUUGAAAAUAUGAUUGACACAUUUGAAGACGACAACUGCUUNCCACCUGGGAAGGANGAUAUNGAUUUUGCCAGCAAUAUGAAAAAAACAAAAGGANCUAAGGAUGACUUGGAAGACUCAGAGAGUAGUGACGGCGAACUUGGGGACCUGGAUGAUGAUGAAGUUUCUCUAGGAAGUAUGAACGAUGAAGACUUUGAGAUUGAUGAAGAUGGAGGAACNUUCAUGGAUGUGGCAGAUGAUGAAAGUGAAGAUGCUCCAGAAUUUGCUGACGCCAACCCCAAAGCCAGUACUAAGAAAAGCAAGAGAAAGAGUGAAGAUGAUUUUGACUUUGCUGGGUCGUUUCAAGGACAAAAGAAAAAGAAGAAAAGUUUCAGUGACUCCAGCCUGUUUGUCUCUGCUGAGGAGUUUGGCCAUCUGCUGGAUGAGAAUAUGGGCUCCAAGUUUGAUACUAUUGGCAUGAACGCCAUGGCUAACAGAGAUAAUGCAAGUUUCAAACAGCUCAAGUGGGAAGCUGAGCGAGAUGACUGGCUGCACAACAGAGAUGUGAAAAGUAUCAUCAAGAAAAAGAAAAAUUUCAGGAAGAAGAUGAAAGCCCCUCAGAAACCCAAACGGCAGAGGAAGUGACAGCUUCAGGGUGACAAUAAAUUAAGAUUAUACUUACCCUUAGUUUUUGCUAGUCAACCAUUUUUCCUGAUCUUUCUCUCUAACUCCAUACAUUCCAGACUGUUCAAUGGAUUUGUAAUAAACUGUGGAAACAAA